AUGAGUCGUCGAUCCAACUCCCCCCCCCCAGUGCCAUUGCCGUCGCCCCCGCCAUCCGAUGAUGGGUCUUAUGGAUCUGGUGACUCUGAUGGUUCAGUUGAGCCACCUUAUACACCUCAGGAAGUCGGUGCGCUGUUUCUUGACUUUUACCAAUUCCUCACUACUCUUCACUAUGACGAGGCCAGUCUGAAAAUUCCCCCUCCUACUGGCUGGCCACAAAUCACUCGAGAAUCUCCUAAAUUUGCAAACUUCAAGUCCGACUAUACUCUUGAAGUCCUUCACCAUCUCCCCUAUUUCAACGAAGAACCCUUUGCCCAGUUCUAUCCUGCGUCAGAGUUGCUGGACUUUACAGAGAUUAGUAGAGAAACACUGGAAUUCUAUCAAGCUUACGACGGGGACUCAGAGUUUUGGUCCACCGAAGACAAGGUAGACGAAAAAGACGUGGUUGGUUUCUUCGGUGCACGAGCAAACGGCAGUCUUUUCUACCUUCUUGUCAAGGAUUGUGAGAUAAUCGAGGAUUUGGUAGAGAGUAGCGGUGCGCAAUCUUCGAUUCCAGUCGAGGAAUCUUUUGAGAACCUCAAAGAACAGUACCGGACUUUGGAGCUCAUUCCGGGCCGAGGGAGGGAGACAAUAUAUGCCAAAAGAGUCCCUGAGAUUGAGAGAAGAAUCACGGAAGAGGAGGUUCAUGCCCAGACUGAGGAAUGGGGAACUUACUUGGAUAUCCAGUAUGUCAGUCAAAUAUAUCGCGAUCAUGGUUGGCCAAAUUCCUUCCGCCGAGAGGAGGCUUUCAAGGUCAUUGACGACUGGCAAGACGAGAUAGAAGAAGGGCCACGACGGUUUAUGUGGUGGAGCGAGUGA